GUCUGAGCCUUCUCAGUAUGGCCUUUAGAGGAGGAGGGUGGCCUGGCCUGCCCACGGCUGCUCUCCCCCACACUAAUGCUGGAAGAUACUUCAUGUGUAGAACUCGGACUCAUAACAUAUGCAUGGUGUCUGACUUUUUCUACCCCAACAUGGGAGGCGUGGAAAGCCACAUUUACCAACUCUCUCAGUGCCUCAUCGAAAGAGGGCACAAGGUCAUAAUAGUCACCCAUGCUUAUGGGAAUCGAAAAGGCAUCCGGUACCUCACUAAUGGCCUCAAAGUCUAUUACUUGCCUCUCAAAGUCAUGUACAACCAGUCCACAGCCACGACCCUCUUUCACAGUCUGCCACUGCUCAGGUACAUAUUUGUUCGGGAGAGAGUCAACAUAAUCCAUUCACAUAGCUCGUUUUCCGCCAUGGCCCAUGAUGCUCUCUUCCACGCCAAGACCAUGGGGCUGCAAACGGUCUUCACGGACCAUUCCCUUUUUGGAUUUGCUGAUGUCAGCUCGGUGCUUACUAACAAGCUGCUCACUGUGUCUCUUUGCGACACAAACCACAUAAUCUGUGUCUCAUACACCAGUAAGGAGAACACUGUACUCAGAGCAGCACUGAAUCCUGAAAUAGUGUCUGUCAUUCCGAAUGCGGUCGACCCUACUGACUUCACUCCAGAUCCGUUUAGAAAGCACGAAAGCAGAAUUACCAUCGUGGUUGUCAGCAGACUGGUUUAUAGAAAAGGGACUGAUUUGCUCAGUGGCAUCAUCCCUGAACUCUGUCAUAAAUAUCCAGACUUAAAUUUCAUUAUUGGAGGAGAGGGACCAAAGAGAAUAAUUUUGGAAGAAGUACGGGAGAGAUACCAACUACAUGAAAGGGUACGUCUCUUGGGAGCCUUAGAACACAAGGACGUUAGAAAUGUUUUAGUUCAAGGACAUAUUUUUCUUAAUACCUCCCUCACUGAAGCAUUCUGCAUGGCUAUUGUGGAAGCAGCCAGCUGUGGCUUACAGGUCGUAAGUACCAGAGUUGGUGGAAUCCCUGAGGUACUACCAGAAAAUCUUAUUAUUUUAUGUGAACCUUCAGUAAAAUCUUUGUGUGAAGGAUUAGAAAGAGCUAUUUCUCAACUGAAGUCGGGAGCGUUGCCACCUCCAGAAAACAUCCACAAUGUAGUCAAGACUUUCUACACCUGGAGGAAUGUUGCAGAGAGAACGGAAAAAGUGUAUGACCGGGUGGCCAGGGAAGUGGUGUUACCCAUGGAGAAACGCCUUGACCGACUCAUCUCUCACUGCGGCCCAGUGACAGGUUGCAUUUUUGCCUUGUUGGCUGUCUUCAACUUCCUCUUCCUCAUCUUCCUGCGGUUUAUGACCCCAGAUUCCGUCAUUGACAUUGCAAUAGAUGCUACAGGGCCGAAAGGGGCCUGGACUCGCCAAUAUUACAAUAACAAAAAGGGCCAGAACAGUGAGUUUUCGAAAAGCAGCUAG